AAAAAAAAAGGAAAUUUUGAAGGCGCGGGGGACUGAGCAUUAUAUCGCCGGCGAUAAUGGGAUGCAUUUGCUUCAAGUCUUGGCGCCGAUCAUCUUCUUCACCGUCGAUUACGUCAACGGUCAUAGAUGAUCUCGAAAACGUCAGAGAGUACGAUGCCGACGACGACGGAGGACAUUAUCCGUUGAUUUUCCGUGAGUUCAGUUUAGAACAGCUGAGAAUCGCCACCGACGGUUUCUCCGCCGGAAACAUCGUAUCGGAGCACAACGAUUCGGUACCAAACAUCGUCUACAAAGGAAAACUCGGCGAUGGUCGUCGCAUCGCCGUCAAACGGUUUCAAAGACUUUCUUGGCCUGAUCCUUUCGAAUUCAUCAAUGAAGCACAAGCUGUUGGGAGAUUGAGGAGUGAACAUAUGGCGAAUUUGAUCGGUUGUUGUUGUGAUGACAACGAGAGAUUACUUGUUGCUGAGUAUAUGCCUAAUGGAACAUUAGCAAAACAUCUUUUUCACUGGGAGAAAAGACCCAUGAAAUGGGAAAUGAGGUUGAAAGUUGCUCUGCAUACUGCAAGAGCUUUGGAGUAUUGUAAUGAUAAAGGAAUUGAUUUAUACCAUGAUCUUAAUCCUUACAGGAUUAUGUUUGAUAAGACAGGGAUUCCUAAGCUUUCUUGCUUUGGUCUCAUGAAGAAUAGCCAUGAAGGGAAGAUUUAUAGCACCAACUUAGCUUUUGCUCCUCCCGAGUAUUUGCGCCUUGGUACUGUGAUAGCGGAGAGCGUCACAUUUAGCUUUGGAACCUUGUUAUUGGAUCUUAUGAGCGGCAGACAUAUUCCUCCAAACCAUGCACUUGAUUUGUUCCGUGGCAAAAACUAUUUGGUGCUAAUGGAUUCAGCUCUUGAUGGUCAGUUCUCUGAUGAAGACAGGACAGAACUAAUACACGUAGCUUCUCGAUGUUUCAAGACUGAACCAGAAGAGAGGCCAAGUAUAAAGUUUCUUAAGGCGACUCUUUCUAGACUUCAGAAACGGGCCAAGUUGUGCCCUAUUAAUGUCAAAAGACCUAUGUCUGUACGUGUCACUCUCUCCAUAUAUUCAAGAAUCAAGAAUAGUCUCUCUUGAAACUACACAAAUUUGAAUUAAUGGUACCAAUAAAUCAUAUUAUUUGACAGCCUCCAUCAAAAAAUCUGCCUGAAAAGACUAAACCUGCAACAGAGUCAUUGAAGUUGACUCCUUUCGGAGAUGCAUGUUCUAGAGCGGAUCUAAGUAGUAUACAUGAACUACUAGAGAAACUAGGGUAUGAAGAAGAUAAUGGGGUUGGUAACGAGUUUUCAUUCCAAAUGUGGACCGGCGAAAUGCAAGAGAAUAUGGACUACAAGAAGCAUGGAGAUGCCGCGUUUCUUGCGAAAGAUUUUGAUACUGCCAUUGAAUUCUACACAGAGUUCAUGACUGGAGCUCCUACGGUAUCACCAACAGUAUUGGCAAGAAGGUGUCUUUGUUACCUAAUGACUGAAAUGUUCAGCGAGGCUCUAAGCGAUGCGAUGCAAGCGCAAGUAGCUUCACCGGAAUGGCCAAUUCCUCUUUACUUACAAGCGGCUUGUCUCUUCAAGCUAGAGAUGGAAGCUGAAGCUAAAGAAGCACUUAGACAUGGUUCUGCUCUUGAGGCUUAUUAGUCUUUGUAAAAAAACUUAUUUUGAGAAAUUGUGAUUACACACAACAACAUGUACUACUAUAAGCCAAUGUGAAUAAGUGUG